AAAACGGGAUCAUGAGUUGUGCAGAGCUGUGACGGCAAGGAGCGCUGCUGGGCAUCAAUGCAGAGCUCACAGGGGAAGAUCGCAGAGGCAGCUCUUAGUUUUCCUGUCAACGCCAAGACUCUGGCUGUAUCCAGAUGCAUCCUGGGGAGGUCAAGGAACUGAGGAGUCGUGGGACAUCCACAAGGAGAUUUUCAAAGAUGUCUCAGAGCCAGCGGAGUUUCUGUACUGUUUGAUCACGUUCCAGUUCUUCCUUUACCUCAAUCUCUGUUGCUAUGGAGACUUCCAAUGGGACCGAGACCUGGUAUAAGAGCCUCCAUGCUGUGCUGAAGGCUCUGAACGCCACCCUCCACAGUCACUUGCUCUGUCGUCCUGGGCCAGGGCCAGGACCUGGGCCAGACAAUCAAACUGAAGAACGCCGAGCUAGCCUUCCUGGCCGUAAUGACAACUCCUACAUGUAUAUUCUCUUUGUCAUGUUCCUAUUUGCUGUCACUGUGGGCAGUCUCAUCCUGGGAUACACCCGUUCUCGCAAGGUGGACAAACGUAGUGACCCCUAUCACGUGUACAUCAAGAACCGUGUGUCUAUGAUCUGAUGUGAGGUGCCCAAGAAUGACGGAAGAGUCUGCUGCCUGAGGAUUGUCUUCUUGGGGCCCCAGAACUCAACUCUGGACCCUCUCAAGCCUUAGUGUCUCUAUCUAUACAAGAGCAACAAGAAAUUGGUAAGAGAGAUUGCCGUUGGGACCAGAAAGGAUAGGCUGGUAGUCCUGGCCUUGUGGAUAAGACAUUUUUUCCCAGACAAAGAUAGGCAUUAUAUACUAGGAGCCCAUGAACAAAUACAUAGAAGUAUGGACUACCGGUGAGUAGGAGAAGAGGAAGAGGAAGGGAAAUGGAGAAGAAGAUGCUCUGGAAACAUAAUCUUUUAAUGUGUGAUCUUCAAACAUGAGAAACCUUGAUAAACCAGGUAAUAUUACUUGUUUGUGUUAAUUCAUGUUUUAUUUCUUUAAACAUACAACACAUGCGGGUUUUGCCUCAUCUGCCAACAAAGCAGAACAGGUGCCUUGACUGGAAUCCAGGAACUCUAGUCUUUUUCCUAGGACUUUUCAGUGAUACAUGGAGUAAGAUCCUGGCCCAAAGAACUUGAGGUGGAGCACAGUAGUGCAUACCUGUAAUCCUAGUGCUCAAGAGACUGAGUAGGGAGGAUCAUUGAGUUCAUGAGUUCAAGACCAGCUUGGGCAAGCCCUAUCUUGGUAGAGAGUUGGGGAGGGGUAGUAAGAAAUAUCUUACUUUUACAAAUAUUACC